AUGACUUCGAUAUUACCGAAGGAUAUUGGAGAUUUCGGAUGUUCAUCUUAUUGGGAUAAGUUUUUCACGAAGUUAGACUCACCUUUCGAAUGGUAUGGUGACUUUACUACUUUUGCUGAUAUUUUUGCUGAAAAUAUUAAACGUUCGGAUUCAGUUCUAGAAGUGGGUUGCGGAAACUCGGUGCUUUCUGCCGAUAUCUGGGAUAAGAUUGGUUGCUCACGAUUUCUUGGCAUUGAUUACAGUUCAAAGGCGAUCGAGCAUUCGCGAAAGCUUAUAACUUCAUCGCGUCCUGGACUUCGGUUUGAGCAUGUAGAUGUAUUUGAAUUGGAUCGGGAACUUAGCCGUUUAGAAAUGGAAUCAAACACAUUUAAUUGUAUAAUUGAUAAGGGAACUCUUGAUGCUAUUGACAACGGGGAAACUAAAGAAGAUCGGAUUCAAUGCUACUUUAACCAAAUAUCGUCUGCUCUCGGUCUCUUUGGAAGGUACAUUUUGAUCACGUUGGCGCAGGAUCACAUCAUCAGCCACAUCGCCAACUAUUUUCUUAAAAAAGAGUGUCCAUGGAUUGUGACCUGCAUCCAAGUCACUAGUCCGAUAAAGGAACACCCGGGUUCAUUCUCUCUUCCAUUGUUUGCAUUUAUUAUGACAAAAAUGAAACCCUCUCCAAAUCUCCCACAGUUGCGUCUAAGGACUAUUCUAGAGGACAAACCCUGUAGUCCAAUUUCGGAAAACCUCAAAAAUCGGCUUGUCGAUUGGAUCAAGUAUUUGCAGAGCUUUUGCGUGUUGGAACAGGAUUCUCAUGGGUCGAGACGCGGUCGGGAGUUCGAAAUCGUUCAUGCAAGAAGUGGCUGCACGAUGUUUCAGUGCAGAAUUGUUACAGCCGCGUCGCGUCAGACUACCCCCGUCACUGCGAACCCCGAGGGUGUUUUUCUUGAACCUCAAGACGAGGCUUCAGUGGAGCUAUUCAAAUCCCCCGAGGGGCUCCAGCAGCUGCUCGAUUCCAUGGGGGGUGCCGCCUGUGCACUGAUUGCUUCCACGAACCCAAUUCUGCGCUUCGCCUCCCUUGAGAUUACCAAAUCCAGUCUUUCCAAUGGCCUAAGCAUUUGCCCUGUCGCAUCUACAGUCAAAUCAUUACCGAUAUACAGUACUCCGGAUGGCUAUCCUCAAAUGCAAAUAAUCAAGGAGCGCAAUCCUUAUGCAGUGAUAACGGAAAGGAGUAAGAGGCGGAAAGGAAAAUAUCAUCUCCUUGUUGAUCGCCUUGACACAGACCUUUUUCGGGUAAUCAGCAGCGAUACAUUUUUUGAACCUUCAUCGGUAAUUGUCUUUACUUGGAUCGUCGUCGCCCGCCUCUUUGCAACGUCUUUGAAGGGCGGAAAUGGUAGAUUUGUCUACCUUGGAGUCCCUCCCUGCCUUCAGCCAUCUCUAAUUAAUUCAAUUGAACUUGGCCCUCAAUCAGAAAGCAUCCAACCUCUUAUCCAAAUGCUUUGCCCAGAAGUUCAUAUUCGAGAAAAAUGCAAUGGUUGUUGUCUAUGUCGCUUUGUCAUAACUUCCUUGUGCUUGACGGAUGAUUGCCUGUCUCACUUUCUUUGUGUUGAUGCUGAAUCCCUUGUUUCUCAAGGUAUCUGCUUUGUCCUAGACCGGUCGACAGUUGGAAAAAUCGACACCUCUUCGGAUCUAAUUAAUCGAGUCGAAAGGUUCUGUGGAUCGUCAUUGCAGGUGCUUUUUCAACAGGAAUUCAACGGUGCUUGCAUUUGCAUACUGUUUAAAAAAGACGCGGAACUCUCAAAAACCAGACUUGCAAGUCGACUUCUUGAGAGCGCCUUGAAAGUCCCGACUAUGAGGGAUUACGUCACAACGGAUCCAAAAUCCCAAAGUUAUAUCGACGGUUUCGUACGUAAAGCUGACAUGUGUUUACAAGAUGCUAUACGAUUACUUAAAACUGUAAAAUAA